GAAAGACAGCGAAGUAGGAAAAAUUAUUUCUAUUGCCAGACUGUAGCUUGAAUAUACUUCAGUGCAAUGGCAAGGAUGUGAUUAUAAACUUCUAAACUGAAUUAUUUUCAAUUCGUUUGUCUUGAGAAGGAAGCAACUGCCAAUUUUUGCCUAUUCUACAAUGAGCAAUUUAUUGAAUUUUGCAAAUUUUUUAUUAUGCGUUUUAAUGUUAAGUGGAAAACUCGAGCCCGGUGCGGCCGUGAAGCGAGGACCUCAUCAUCCACGCAGCGAGCAAUCGAAAACUCGUAAAUUGGAUCAACAUUUAACACACGAGGAGCACGCCAUUGAGGACGACUUAAAAGAUAUGGGCAUCAAUGCGAAUAUUGAAGAUAUGUCCGAGGAAGAACUAACAUUUUAUUACUUCAAGAUACACGAUAGUGACAAUAACAAUGCCUUGGACGGUUUAGAAAUGCUGCAGGCUGCCGUGCAUCAAGAUCAGAAAUUUAAGAAAUUAGAUCGCGAUAAUUAUAUAAAAAAUGCGAGUGACGAACUUAAUCAUAUUAUAGAAGUCAUUGACGAGUUUCUAUUAAUUGCUGACGCUAAUAAGGAUGGAUUGCUUCAUUAUCCGGAAUAUGUUAAGGCUAUAACUGAAAAUUAAAGACUUUUUCUUGUUUAGAUGAAUAAUAGUUUUUUGAUCACUCAACAUUUUUUUAAACCCAAACAAAGAUGCAAAUAAU